AUGGCUGCUGUCAUUCUUCAGCGUUAUCGAGAACGCCGAUUACUGAGGAGAAACAGAAUAUUUAGGGACCGAACUCAUCCGUUUGAUGUUUUUGACGAUGAUGUCAUAUUUGCCAAGUUUAGAUUUAGAAGACAGGAAAUUCUAGCAAUCACAGAUGACAUCAGCGUCGAUAUUCUAUUAUCUAAACGGAUGGGUUCAUUGACCCCUCUUCUGCAAGUGCUAAUUACACUUAGAUACUUUGCCAGUGGCAGUUUCCAAGACGUUUGUGGGGAGCUUAUAGGAGUUGACCAGUCAACCGUAAGCCGAACUGUGACAAGAGUCACCGACGUCUUGCUACGUCAG